AUGAAGCAUAUAUCUCUGUCUCAGACUGACGAUUUAAUGCCUACAUUAGGUUUGGGUACAUGGCAGGCCCCUGCAAAUGUUAUCGAAUCAACUGUUUAUAAAGCUCUAGAUUUAGGUUAUAAGCAUAUAGAUACAGCUUUUAAUUAUAAUAACGAAGAAGCCAUAGGCAAAGCUAUAAAACAAUGGAUUUCUGAUGGAAAAGGCAAUAGAAAGGAUUUAUUUAUUACUACCAAGCUCCCUCAUGUUGGAAAUAGAGCGUCUGAUGUUAAAAAAUUUCUGGACCUGCAACUGAGUCGUUUGCAAAUGCAAUAUGUGGAUUUAUAUUUGAUUCACGUCCCGUUCGGUUUCCAUUGUAAUCCAGAUACUUUAACGCCAGUUGUCAAAGAUAAUGGCGAAUAUGACCUUGAUAUGGAAACCGAUCACAUUAGUACUUGGAAGGUCAUGGAACAGUGUCAGAAAGAGGGCCGAAUUCGUAACCUUGGCUUAUCAAAUUUCAACGAAGCUCAAAUAUCUAAGAUCAUGAAGCAUGCUACAAUUAAGCCUCAAGUGUUGCAAGUGGAACUUCACGCGUAUUUCCAACAAGUAGAGCUGCGCAGGUUUUGUGCCGAAAAUAAUAUAGUGGUAACGGCAUACGCGCCUUUGGGAAGUCCCGGUGCCAAGGAACACUUUGUCAACAAGUACAACUACAACCCUGACACAUUUCCGGAUCUGUUAAACCAUCCAGAUGUGAAAGAAAUUGCUGAGAAGCACAGUAAAACUCCAGCACAAGUACUUUUAAACUUCUUGGUUAAUCAAAAGAUUGUAGUUAUACCAAAGAGCACUAGUGAAACAAGAUUAAAGGAAAAUUCAGAUAUAUAUGACUUCGAGUUGACACCAGCAGAGUUGAAUCGUUUGAAAAAGUUAGACAAGGGUGAAGACGGGCGUAUUUUUAAUUUUCUGUUUUGGAAGGGCGUGGAGAAACAUCCAGAAUAUCCUUUUAAAGUUCCUGACUCGUUGGAAAGAGCUUCUGAGUAA